AUGCUUAGGUCAAGCGAGUCAGUCGAGGCGUUCUUUCACGGAGACGUUCGAUCGCCCCAAAGACUACAACAGAAAUUCCAAGGUAUCUUAAGGACUGUCUCCGCCUUCGCUCGAGUUGAUUCUGUCAUCAACUCACCCUCCUGGAGUGCGGCCGAGGAUGCACCCCCAGAUAGCUGCCAUGAAAAGGAUGUCGAAGAUGGCUUCAUAAUGAUUAGCAAUCGUGCGCAAGCUCGGGGAACACACAACGAAGCAGACACCAUAGAUAACCUUAUAGAAUCGUCACGACAGUUCAAAAAUAUGUUAAUGAGGCACGAAACGCAACAUGAGACUCUGGAUUACACUGCCGAGAAAGAUUUCACCGGGUCAAACCUCCAUGCCGAGGAAGUCCUUGGAGUCCCUGGGGACAGAGUCCGCAGUGGCCUACAAACAUUAUUUGCUGUGCUUGUCCAACAGCUGCAAUGUUGCAACAGAGGACAUUUCAUGCGACUCAAAAUGAAUGGAUUUGUUGACCAACUCAACAUGCAGUCAAAGCUCUUCUUUGACGCUUACCUAUCUUCAGAGUACAUCAGGACACCCCCUCGCUGGGUGCGGAGCAAGUGCACCAUUGCAACUGACGCUAUAGCCAACGCAGAGGAUCAUGAUUGCGGCUUCAUUGACAAGGCGGAAACGCUAAACAAGGAUUUGAGUAUCUUGCUUCAAGAAACAUUGGAGAAAUCUUCUGGAGAUGAUCCACAAGAACAGUUCAGAGUGGAGUAUCCUGGAUCCCAAACUGCUAAGAUUCAACUUGAUGGACCCUAUCCCCUCAAAUCUGCGGCAGCUCCCACGAAAAGCUUAUCGGAGCUCCUCAAUUGUGUGUCCAACCAUAGCAAAAGUUCUGCCAGAAUUGAUACAUUUGAUCGGGAUAUGAUGUGUUUGAACCUAGCACUCUCCCUUCUCCAUCUAUCUACUACAGGUUGGAGACGAGCGAGCUGGAGAACUGACUGCAACACUGGGGAUGGCAUAUUCUUCCUCAGAGAUCCCGCCACCCAGACGAUCGUUGACAUAACUAAGCCGUACCUUUCUUAUGCGCUCAAUGACGAGGUAGAAUCGGAAGAUGAUGAUGGCCUCAGUUGUGAUCCCCAACUUCUAGAUUUUGCGAAGCUUAUCUUGGAGAUCCACAGACAGGAAAUCAUCCCUCUCAGAAACGAAGGCAGCAAGCUAUCUAAAAGAAAGCUCCUUGAAGAUAUACUCAAAUUGAUCAAUGAUGUUCGAAAGUUCCGUGGCGGAGACCAGAUGUUUAAGCUAGCUGUCAAGGCUUGUCUUGACGCAGCGGGGAAGGAGGCAGCGCAAGACAAGUCCGACAAAUACAGGCUCCAAAGAUACAUCUUCUAUAAGAUAGUCAGACCUCUGGACAAAUACGCCGCCUUUCCCGAGUUCUCGACGUCAGUUCUGGAGGAUUCAUCAGUGCAGAAUUCAGAAGAAAGCCAGGAAUCACCAUUUGACUGGGAAACGGGGCAUGACACGACGGAAGAUAAAUUACCCAAGCAAUGGGAUGAUAAGCUGGGUCACGGCACCAUGGUGACUCGGCUGCUGAUGCGCGUGUCGCCGGAAGCCGAGCUUUUCAUUGCCAAGGUCUCUAGUGACACAGAGCACUGUAUACCCAAGAACAAAUUGUACUGUAUAGCUGAGGCUAUCAACUGGGCGGUCCAGAAGUGGGACGUCGACAUAAUCACCAUGUCUUUGGCACUCCAAGAAGAAAAUCCCGACAUUGAUCAGGCACUUAACGAGGCCCUGGAUCCAUCAUACGAUGGAGCGACGAGGAAGAUUGUCUUUGCCGCAGCUGGUAACAAUAGCGGUGGUAAUGCGCGAAGGUCAUGGCCCGCGAGAAAGAAUAACGUGAUCGCGGUACACGUUACCGACGGCCUCGGAACGGGAGUCAAUAUCAACCCUAGUAGCGAAGGAGAUCUUUGUUUCGCCACGCUCGGUUGCGGUAUCGAGCACACCUUGUGGACUGAAGAUGGCGACACAAACAUUUACAUCUCCGGAACUUCGUUCGCAACACCCAUCGCAGCUGGCAUCGCCGCCAACGUUUUGGAAUACGCACGCCACCGAGUUGACAACCUUACCGAGACACGUAAGGAGCGGCUGUACUCAGGCGGCUGCAUGAAGAAAGUCUUUGAGGCUAUGUCUUCCAAACGUGGUGACUGUCAUUAUGUCCAACCCUGGACAUUUUGGAAUGAAAGAUUUCGUGGAGGGUGGUGGAGGAAUACGCAUUUUCCUAUCGACAAUCCCGAUAACAUAGGUGAAGCCCUCAAACAAAUCAUCGCCGAAUACUGA